GCACUAACUGUCCUAGAUUGGCAGACAGGUUGUGCCAUCAUGAGAUGCAAGCAUUUUGAUGCCGAUAAAAGUUCAUCGCAAUGUUAGGCGCUCUGUAUAAUUCUGUUUUAUAAACCCGACACAACACUUGGUGGAUAUUUAAAUAUUUAAGUAGUGGAAUUCAAACCUUUGCAUAAGUAUUAGCAAACUUUUUUGUUUUCAGAAUAUUCAACUCUUCGGAUUAGCAUAACACAUUUUAUGACGGUUUCGGUUCAGUGUAAUCAAUUCUAUUCGUUUCUUUUCCUAUGCUGAAUGCAUCCAUCAAUCAGUGGAAAUAAAAAGAACAAACAAAAAUCAUGAUCUAAUUUUUACUUGGAAUUUAUCAUCGUUGUAUCAUGAAAUCAUCACAUACAAUAUAUUUCAUAAACCUAAUAUUCUUCAUUAAUUGCGCUCUUACAUUUAAUCCUAUUGUAUUAAGAGAUAAUACAAGGGAAAAUGAAAUUGUUUGUAAAGACUUUUUAUUGAAUUACAUUCAAUUAGGAUAUAAAUUAUCACUACAAUUAUCUAAAGGACGUGAAUAUUUUGAUUUAAAUGAAAAUUAUCAAUUAAUAACAUCACGUACUAUAGAUCGUGAUAAAUUAUGUUUAGAGUCUAGAUUAUGUUGUCCAUAUGAAGGACCUACAACAACAAUAACGGCAACAUCAACCAUUUCUUCUAAUAUUGCACCUCUUGGACUUAACAAUUUUAAGGAUUAUCAAUAUAAUUAUCUUUCAUAUCCAACAUCAAGUAACAAUAUACAUGGAUUACCAACACAAUCAUUUUAUUAUUCUAAUUUGUGUUCUGCAAAAAUGCAUGAUACUAAAUCUUUAUUUAAUCCAAUGUGUACAUUUAAUUUAACUGUAUCAGUUAUUAAAUCACCAGCUGAUGUACCGGAUACACAUCAGAUAACAAUUAUUAUAUGUGAUGAAAAUGAUCAUGUACCACAGUUUAAACAUACUAAAGAAAAUUUAAAACUGCCAUCAGGACAAAAUGGUUUUCCAGAAUCUUCUGAUGGACAACCUAUUCUUAUUACAAAUUUAUCUGAAGCAUCUCCAGUAGGAAGUCGUAUAGUUUUACCAUUAGCUGAAGACUUGGACUCUUCACCAUUGAAUAUUCAACGUUAUGAGUUAGAAAAUAUUGAUCACUUGGUUAAUAGUGAAUCAGAUUUACAAAUGUUUCAAUUGAAUUAUACGAAAAAUAUUGUUACUAAUUCUGAUGGACGUUAUCCUUCAAAUUCAAUUGAUCAUGUAUCAAAUGAUAGAACAGAGUCAUUUAUUUCAAAACUUGAACUUGUUUUACUGAAACCAUUGAAUCGUGAAGAGAAAGAUGAAUAUAAAUUUCGAAUUCUUGCUAUUGAUGGUGGUCAACCAUCACAAACUGGUACACUUUAUUUAUUUAUUCAUGUAUUAGACAUAAAUGAUCAUUCACCAGUUUUUAAUCAAUCAGUUUACGAAGUUCAUAUUAGUGAAGGAAUUAUCAAUAAAACAAUAUUACAGUUGAGUGCUACAGAUGCAGAUACCGGAGAAAAUGCUGUUAUAAUCUAUAAGUUUCCUAAAAGUUCCGAAUGGAUUACUUCAACAUCAUCAUUACCUAUCAGCAAUGAUUUAAGGAAUGUAAACCAAUAUCCACCAGGGUAUUGGUUUCAUUUAGAUGAUUUGACUGGUCGACUAUCGAUUCAUCGACCACUUGAUUAUGAAACGAAAUCAGAACAUAUUUUUGAAGUUCUAGCUUAUAAUCCACCUUCAGUUUUAUCAUCAUCAAAUCACAGAAUCUCUUCAGAUAUGACAGCAACAGCUACAGUUAUUGUUAAAGUUGACAAUGAAUAUGAUGAACCUCCAUUGAUUCAAAUUGAUUAUUCCAAUGAAAAAAAUGAACAAUAUAAACAUGUUACAGAAAAUUCCAUGAAUUUAUAUUUUAUUGCUUUUAUUAUAGUCACAGAUCCUGAUCAUAAUGAUGAUAACAAUUAUCAUUUACAUUCUUCUUCUUCGUCUUCUUUUUCUUCAUCAUCUUCUAUGUCAUUGAAUAGAGUCAAUAGUGUUUCAUCAUCUAACAUUGUAUUCAUUUCAUGUAAACUAGAAACACAUAAUGAAUUUUAUAGUUUAUUUGAAUCAGAUAAUUAUAAAUUGAAUAAAAUAAAUGAAGUAAGAUAUGCUUUGCAAACAAUUAAAUCGUUAGAUCGUGAAUUAAACAAUGAGAAUAAAAUUGUUAUUAGUUGUACAGAUUCAGAUAUACCACCGAAAACAUCCACUGCAACAGUUUUGGUAAAAAUUGAUGAUCAAAAUGACUGUAUUCCAGAAAUUCAUGUAUCUACGAUAAGUUUAUCAGCAAUCAAAAUUCACAAUACAGAUAAAUUACAGCAACAGCAACAACAACAACAACACUACAUUCCAAUACAACCAUGGUCUAUGAAGAAGUUAACUCAUUUUUUGGAUAGUGAACAAGACAAGCAUAAAGUAUAUAAUUCUCCCAUAUUUUUAGCAUUCUUAGCUAAUAUUUCUGUAUAUACUGUAUAUGUAGCUGAAAAUAGACCAUCAUCUACUUUAGUUGCUCGUUUAAAUGCUAUUGAUAAUGAUUUCGGUGAAAAUGGUCGUGUUACAUUUGAAAUGCUUCAAUCAUAUUCAUUUAAUAAUUUAUCUUCAAAAUUAAACUAUUCUCCACAACUUCAAAAAAUUCUACUGAGUCAACAGACUGAUAAUAAUAAUAAUAAUAAUCAUAAUCAUAAUAUAAAUGAUAAUGAUGUCAUUGAAAUACAAACUAAACAAGAAGCAUUUGAUUUAUUUCAAAUAAAUACAACUAAUGGAGAUUUAACAACUCGACAAUUGAUUGAUCGUGAAGAAAAUGGAAUAAUAUUGAAUGAAGUAUUUAUUUUAGUUGAAGCUACAGAUCAUGGUGUUCCGUAUCAAUUACAUUCAUUUGUUUUACUUCAAGUAAUUAUUCUAGAUGAAAAUGAUAAUCCUCCAAGAAUUAUAAGCACUGGACCUACAUUUAACAUUGAAGAAAAUCAGCCUGCUGGUACUAAAAUAGGUGAGGUUUCAGUGAUUGAUCCUGAUAUUUUUUCAUUCACACAACUCGGUGAUAUUUAUCAUUCUGGUCUACUUGAUAAACAAACUGAUGAUUAUUUUGGACAAUUUUAUCACUUCAUGGGAACAAAAUCACCAUCAAGUUCUUCUUCAACUCUACAAAAACAACAACAACAGCACCAUAAAGGAUUACAAGUGCGUAUUGAUCCAGGACAUGGAAGAAGAGAUCUACCUUUUAUAUUACAUGAAAUUGGUAAUGGAAGAUACUUUUUGAAUACAACACGUCCAUUAGAUCGUGAAACAGAAGAAGCUUUCCAGUUUAAUAUUAUUGCUUCAGACAAUGAACCUGUUCGUAUGCAUCAUGAUUUAAAAAGUAAUUAUCCAAUUGCUCAAAUAGUUAAUAAUCAUCGUUAUCCCGGUCAUACUGUUUCAUUAUCAGUUAUUGUCAAUGUGAUUGAUGUAAAUGAUAAUAGACCAGAGAUUAUAUUUCCUAAUCCAAUUACAUCAAACUCUACUAUACAUCGUUUAUCAUAUCGUGUAAAUGCUGGUCAUGAAAUUAUCAGUAUUAAUGCAAAUGAUCGUGAUGCUGAUAAGUUUAAUGGAAAAUUUCAUUUCGAAAUGAUUCAAGAUUUGAAAAGCAGUGAUUUAUUUACAAUUGAUCGAGAUAAUGGUAUGUUGAAAACACGUCGAACAUUAACAAAAGAUGAUUUGGGUGAAUAUCAAGUGCAUAUAAUAGUACGAGAUGAAGGUGAACCAUCAUUGGAAACACAAUUAUUAUUACGUUUGCUGAUUGAUCAUUCCGAACCGCAAUGGUCAUCAGAUAUAAAAACUAGUAGAAAUUAUCAAUUUAAUGAUUUUUUAUCAUCAUCUAAUCAAAAACAUAGUAGUAGUCAUACUAUUAAAAAUAAUUUUGGUUUAUUUGAUAGAAAUCGACAUGAAUUAUACACUAGUGGCAAUGAUUUAUCGACAUCAUCUUUAUUUAAAAAUCUUGAUUCAAAUGUUCUUCUUUUCAUUGUUAUUACAAUCAUUUUAUUUUUCAUUCUGAUAAUGAUUGGAUUGUGUAUUUAUUUACGUCAUAAAUAUAAUUUUAUGCAUUUUAUCCCAGAUGUAUAUGAUAAUAAGUGUUUAUGUUGUAGUACAUGUCUGUUGCCUAGACGUAAUCAAUCAAAAUUGUCAUCGAAUAAUAGUGAAAAGCCCUAUUCGAAAAAUUUACUUGAUCAUGCGGUGAUAACUACUACCACUAGUAAUAUUACAACUACCAUGACUGCUAAUUGUAAUAAUAAAACACCAAUAACGCUGACAAAUGCAACAACAACAUUGAAGCAAUUGGAAAAUAUGGAUCAUGUUGAUUAUGGAAUGUGUACAGAUUUGUUAAAAUAUAGACAAACAAAUUUCAAGUUGGGCUCAUUAACACCAGUCAGUCCAAUACAUUCUGUUGUACAUUUACCCAUUUCACAACAACAACAACAGCAACAACAACACUGUCUGAUCACUAACCGUCAACAUUGUAGAAAUAUUGACAAUCAAGAAUUCUCUAUGGAUUCUGAUAUGUCAAAUUUUCUCGUUACCGAUAAUGCUGGUAGUUUUGGAAAUUUCUUUUCACCGUCUCUCUCAAAUUAUGGUUCCAAUGAUUUUAGUCGUAAACACGCUUCGUCCGUGAUCAGUAAUACUCGAAGAUGUGGGCCGAGAAAUCCAUUGACUGUGAAUAUACCUGAUAUUGUCAAUGAAACUACUGAUACGAUACACGGUAGUUAUUAUCAGUUUGUACCAAAUUCAUUAGGAGUCGAAUUCUCUAAUCAAAGUAAAAACAAUUCGUAUCAUGGCUUUAAACCAGGUAACGGAUUGUUACACACCUACAAUAUUGGUGAACAACAACAACGACAUGUUUCUAAUGGACGUUUAGGUUACAUAAAUCAAUUUAAUGAGAAAUCAAAUGCACAUUUUGUUCCGAUUAAUACUUGGGAUGUUUCUGAAUUUGAAUUUCGGCCGAUUAAAGAUGCAGUCAAUUCAUAUCAGACUGUUACUCUCACGGAAAGUGGUAAAUCAGAUGAUUAUGUGAAACCUCCAGUUCAUAGAAUGCUUAUUCCAGACAAUGAUCAAUAUAUUGGAAAUAGCAAUAGUGUUUGUUAUCCACAGCAUACAUCACAUUUAAGUGUGUGGAAAUCCGACCCAUAUUUGAAUCAGAGUAUGAAUGAUUUGAUGAUGAAACAAAAUAGUAAAGAAAGCAGUCAAUUAUUGACUGAAACAAAUUACUACAAUAAAAUUGGUUCAACGUUAGAUGGUAUCAACAUAAUGCCGGAAUAUUAUGGUACACAAUUGAAAAGAUCUAAGUCGACAAGAUAUACUACUGAUAAGUGUUUAAACAGUAUAAAACUUCAGAAUAAAACAGUACCCUUUGAUUCAGAUUUUAAUAAUGGAGAUCAAUCAAGUAAACCAUCAAUGAUGAUAACAGUGCAUCCAUCCUCGGACAAGGAAGAUAAAAACAACAAAGUUACCAGUGGUUUUAGUGAAAGUAACAGUACUACUGCUCACGUUAAUUGUACUAAAACCAAUAAAUUAUCUCAUUAUGCUGUUUCGUUUCCUACUGUACAAGCUAGUUUCGUUUAGCUUGCGAAUUUGUAGAAGGAUACAUAUAAGAGGAAUUCAAUGAAACAAUUGUCCAUAUAUUUUCUAAGUAUAUGCACUCAAUUUGUUUUCUGUAAAUAUACGAUACCUACAUUAUAAACUUGAAUUGUUUUUUCAUCCUAAUCUUUAUUUUUUCCAUCAUGUUCAAUUUAUUGAGAAAUUGCAUAAAAAUUGGUCUGAUUAUGUCACUCAACGGUUGCUUAAUGUUCAAGGUGAUUUUAAAAAAAAUUUAAAAGUUUAUAGAUUCAUUUUGCUUCUUAUUAUUGUAAACAAUUAAUAAAUGUACAGCAUAUAUACAAAUAUAUUUAUUAUGAUAUAUAUUGUAAUCCUCUGGCAGCGAUGAUUUAAUAACAAGGAGCAAC